GGUGUGUUAUGUUUGAGUACUACGAUAGACGCGGGCGGGCUACGGCUGUAUUGGUUUUGAGCGAGCAUAUAUGCGAUGUAUAUUAACGAAAAGGAUUAUUCUAUGAUUUUGUGUUUUAACCGAUAUUCCGAUGUUGCAGAGUGUCACAGACUGCUGAUUUGUGAAUUUUUUAAACUUAUUAUCUGUGGUUUUCUAUUUGAAGUUUGCUCUUGUGACAGGUGGCAAAAAACUAGGUCCCCUUCUUCAAGAGAAUCCUUGCACCACAGCCGAGAACCAAGCUGUCGAUAACGUGAGCUGUGCGACGUUAAAACUGUAUAGGACACAUUAUCCAAUUUCUUAAAUAGUGAUAAAACCAGCUUGUGAGCAUCCUCACAGGUUUCGAUUGUGAUUUUAGUUGUAAAAAGUGUUAAAAAAAUUCGUGAUAUUAUGUAUAACCUGAACAUUAGUUUGGCCGAAACGGCUGCGCAUGCGGCCAACAAUCUACUGAUAGAAACUAAUGGACCUACGCCUAGGACACCGGAGAUUUUGAAUUCUCUGAUCGCCAUGACAAAUCCCCUCGAUAACUAUUUUGGAGAUGGUAGUCACAAGGUCAAAAACGGGCCUCCAACGAACGUCUCCACGGAUUCAAACUCCUCCAGCUCUUCCCAACUGGAAUCGCCAACAGCCAAUAAUCCGCCCAGCGUCCAACACACAUGCUCCCAACUGAUAAAAGCGGGACUCAAACUGACGAUCGAACAGAAGCGAAAACUGCAGCAGGACUGUGACGACUUCCUUGACCUCGAUAAACUCCCAAAAAGGCCAAGGAAAACCGAGUGUAGCGAGAGCGAAGAGGAUAAGACCAAGUUGGACAGCGGGUUGACCCCCGAAGACGAGGAAAGACGCAGACGAAGAAGAGAGCGCAACAAAAUCGCCGCCACAAAAUGCCGUUUGAAGAAACGCGAACGCACCGCCAACUUGAUCACCGAAUCCGAGACCCUGGAAACUCAAAAUUUAGAAUUGAAGAAUCAGGUGCACGAGCUCCAGCAACAGAAACGCACUCUGGAGGAAGUACUAGCCCAUCACCGUCCCCAGUGUCAACACCAAAUCAAACAGGCGACAAGAGACGCCCUGUAUAAACUUCCCCCCGUGUCAUCGGUGAUAGAGAACCAUUCCUACAGCCACUCAAACCACAGUUUCGACAGGACGGCACAGAUGAGUUACUCUAGGUCCAAUUCGCCCUGUCUGAAUUUCGCGAACUACGUGAAAAAUAACCAGUAUAAAAAUCCACCCAAGAUAAUCGUCGAAGAAAUCAACGACAACUCGGUGCUGAUUACGAACCUUGACAACCCCCACGUUCACCAGAAUUAUUACAAUCAGUGUCACAAUUACCCGAGUCAAAGUUACAGCAGUUCUUCUGGACUGGGUAACGGCUGUUUAGCGUGAUGAAAAAUCCCCAAAAACCUGACCAUUAUAUCGGGGAUGUUCUGAUUAUUUUUGAGAAUUUUAUUGUAUUUUUGAAGUUUAUAUUUUGUAUAUUUAUUUGAGUCCAACAGUUUAAUUGUAAGCCAUUUCAUCAGGAUUUUCAAAUAUCAAUAGAUUUCCAAUUUGUUAGUUAUAUCCGUGUUUCUAUUUAACGUUAUGGAAUGUUUUUCUUUUUAAUUUUGCGGAAUCUUCACUGUGAAAUAUCCUCAUAUUAUUUUGAUUCUUUUGAAUAAAAUAUUCGAUAUAUGUUUGGGCAGUACCCUCAAAUGAUGUACAGAGUGUAGGUAAAUAGAAUAGGGAUGAUUUAUUAUCAGAAAAAAAAAUGUACAGCCCCCUAAAAAUGGCAUGUGGCAAUUUUCGUUUUUUUCUUAGAAACCAGAAAUUGAGCUGACAUUUUAUGGGGCAAUAAAAAAAAAGGUAGUUUCGUGACAUUCCAGUUUUUGCCCGCAAAAAGGAAUAUGAUUUUUUUAAAAAUCAUCUCAAUAUUUCAGGAAAAUUUCAUCAUAGUAAGAAAAUAUUCCUGAAAUAUUGCCCAAUACAACAAGGUAGAGCUCAAAAUCAUAAAAACAAACCUUGAAUUAACCGACGACGAACAAAAUCAGAGAAAUCAAUAAAUUAGUAAUCCUGGAUAUUGUCCAAACAUAUAAAAAUUAUAAAAGUUGAUUGACCUCAUACCCAGCAAUAAGAAUAAAUCUUCCAAAAUAUUUCGAAGAGGAAAAUUUGGUAGGUAUAUACCUACUCAUAAAUGAAGAGGGGAAUUUUUCAGUCGAUUUCCUCAUAACUUUUUGUAUUUUAUUUCAAAAUUUUACCCAUUGCUGGACUAAGACUUGUUACCAGAUCUGAGUUUAUAUAAAUAUAGAUAUUUAGAUGUUGAUGUAAUUAUUAUAAGUAUGAAAAAACGUUGUUUUGUAUAUUCACGGCAGAACCACAAAGUAACAGCAUUCCAAAAAUAGAAUAUGAAUUGAAAAAUCUACUUUGUACACUAUUUAUACUUACUUUAACAGUUCUGUUUACUGCCGCAUUUUUAUCGAUUUUUUUAUUAUCACAUUUUUAAAUAUUUAGUCGUUGUUAUCAGUGAAUAUUUUUCUAUCUACGUAGUUUUAGGAACGCCUUUAAUGUACCUAUCCUCGACAAACCUUCACCUCCUUAUCACUGAAAAAUUAUAAAAGAAAUGUAACACCAUUUUCAAGGAUAUUUCAUCCAUACGAAAAAUAAUGGAAUAACCUUGAAAUAAUUUCUUUAGCCGUCAGAAUAUUUAUAAAAAUCUGUCACAUUCCUUUUAUAAUAAUUUUUCGUUUUUCAUUUAGUUACUUAAGCAAUUUAUUUCUCAUAAAUUCGCUUUUAAGAUUAUUAGCUUGAAUGAAGCAUUAUUGUUGAUAGAAUGCAAAUCAUUAAUUGUUUUAUUCAGAAACUGUGCCUUAUUGUUGAUAGAACAAUAGCGAUGGCAUACGUUUAUAAACUUCAAAACUUAUAAAGCUUAUAAAUUGUGAUAAAGAAUUCAACACAAAUAUUCAUAAGAGAACAUGGAAAAUGUAUAAUCAUAACAUCACUUCCAAAUUCUAGUUUUAAUCAAAGUCUAUCAUCACUAGUCUAACAGCUUCUCAGGAUUCAGGAAAAAAUUCUGCUUGAUGUUUUAUUUCUAUUCGACUUCUGACUUAUUUUAUCGACAUUACUAAUGAAAAAACUGAAUGAUCAGAAUUGGACGAUGUAUUUCUACUCUCUCUCUAUCUCGAGUCUUCCUUCAUUGUCGCACAUCUACUUAGUUUCUCACAAGAACGAACUAUCUAGAGGACAGUUUGUCUAUAGUUUUUCCGAAUCAGCAAUAAAAUUUUCUGAGUAUUUUAUAUCUUAGGCUGAUUUUUACACCAAGCAUGUGCCAUUAGAAUAUUCUUCCGCGUAUAUCCUCAGUGAAACUCUAAAUGCACAAAUGCUUUUUACGUUAUUUUUCUACGUUUUGAUACUUUCCAGAAUUUCUAUUUAACAACCGUUACUAAACUCCAGACUUUCAACAGAUUUGUGUGAGUUACCUGUAUGGAAAACGGGUUAGAUUAUUUUUAAAUUUGUGCCUUAUAUACAUGUAAUCUGUGGAAUACUGGAUUCAAUAAAAGUUAUUUUAUUUUGGAA